AUGGAACCAGAGGCUUCGCCAGCAGCAGUUUCUGCCCCAGUGGCCACGCCCGUGGCUCCAACAGCAGUGGCUGCUCCGACGACAGUGGCCAAUCCUGCGGCAGUGGCUCCUUCACCGGCAACACCGAUUGUGGCAGCACCUAUUGCUGCUGCUCCUACCGUUGCUAGUGUGCAACCAGCAGCAGUUACUGCUCCUGCUCCAAUUUCUAUCGUUCCCGUCGUUGUUUCGCCAGCUCCUGCUGCUGCUCCUGCUCCCGUUCCUGUCAUUUCUGCAGCCCCAGAACCUGUUGUUGCCGCCCCAGUCGUGGCAACUCCAGUUGUUGCCACACCAGCUCCAGUUGUUGCUGCUGUGAUUGCUGAACCACCUGUACCUGUUGCUGAGACUCCUGCUGCUGCUGUAGCGUCGCCCGCUGUUGCUGCCUCAGCACCUGUUGCCGUGGCUCCUGUGAUCGCUGUGACACCAGUUGCGGUUACUCGUGUAGUCUCCACACCAGCAGCUGCUGCUGUUGAGAUUCCGCCUGCCGUAGCUCCACCAGUGGAGACUCCAGUGGCUUCAGCACCCAUACCUGUAACAGAAACUCCAAGCGUUGUCGACACUCCUGCGGCUGUUGCUCCUGUGAUCACUGCAUCGACUGUUCCAACAACUGCUGCUGUUGCUGAGGCUCCAGUGAUAGUAUCACCCUCUGUUGCCGUGGCUCCUGUGACUCCUACACCAGCGCCUGCUGUCACUGAAGUUCCAACUGUUGUUGCCCCACCUGCGGCAUCUCCAUCUCCCAUAGUGGCAACACAAGCCCCUGCUGCAGAGAUUCCAGUGGCCGCUCCUGUGAUCUCACCGCCAAUCGCUGUUGUUGCCGAUACUCCGAUUGCUACAACAGUAGCAGAGGCCGUUGCGCCACCAGCGGCAACUCUAGUUGCUGCAACACCCUCACCGGCUUUACAGACUUUACCCGUUGCUGAAACACCGGAAGUCGUUGCUCCUGUGGUCGCUGCACCACCAGUUGCAGUUUCUGAGACUCCAGUUGAGACUCCAGUUGAGACUCCAGUUGUCAUUGCUCCGCCGGUGGCUGCCGUAUCAACACCAGUAUCAGAGACCCCAGUAGUUGCUGCAGUUGUUGCUCCAGUCGUUGCCGAGGCGCCUGUUGCUGAGCCACCUGCUGUUGCUGAUCCACCUGCUGUUGCAGAGGCACCAGUAGUUGCUGCCGAGAUCGCUGCUGUUGCUGAGCCUCCAGUUGCAGAGCCUCCCGUCGUGUUGACGCCCGAUGUUGCACCACCAGUGGCUGCGCUGGUGAUACCUACCGAAGCUGCCAUAUCCUCGAUACCAACAGAAGCUGCUGCUGAAAUUCCGUCGCAAGUCAUCCCGCCUGUUGAGCUUCCAACUGAAGGAGCUGUUGCCGGAUCUACACCACCAGGUGCAUUUUCCGAUACUUCGAUUGAAGUUCCAGCUGCAACGAUUCCCGAACCAGUUGAAACACCAGCUGCCGUUCCAGAAUCUCAAGUCGUUUCCGUGGCCCCUGUGGAAUCUCCUAUAGAGCCAUCAUCCGGAAGCGCUCCGGAUAUUCUACCACCAGCUGUUGUGUCAGAUGUCAUUCCUGUGUCAACACCCGAACCCAAAGCAAUCGAAGCCACCCCGGUGGAACCUUUGCCUGUUGAGACUCCCAUUGCGACCCAGGAACCAGCAGAAAUUCCAGCAUCCAUUCCAGAAACUGUUGCAGAGAUUCCAGCUCCGGCACCAGAGAACAUUCCGGAUCCUGUCCCAAUCGAAACUCCUGCAACGGCCCUUGAGCCCGAAAUCACCACUAUCAGCGAACCUUCUGCCGUUGCCGAAGUUGUUAUUGAAACCAUUCCACCAGCGGUAGUUGAGCCAACUAAUCCUGAACCAGUUGUAGCUUCUGCUGAGCCGAUCACUGAGCCACCGCCUAAUGCUGUUGAAUCCGUAGAGCCAAUUCCUGCUGAAAGUGUUCCAGCUGCUGAACCAGAAAUCACUAAGGUCAGUGAGACAUCCGAUACUAUUGCCCCGGAAGUACCUGUAGCAGAGAUUCCAGAAACGGCACCGAAUGUUGUUGAGGAAUCAAUAGCUACCGCUCCGGAACCUGCAGUUAUAGUUUCGGAAGAAGUACUGGUAACUAAGGGUGAAGAUGUUGUUGUGGAGCCCCUUGAAACACCAGCUGCUGUUGAAAUUAUUCCGGCAUCAAUAGAGCCAGCAGCUGACGAACCAAUUGCAGCAGAAGAAUCAGUUACUGCCACUGAAGUAGAAGCCACAACUGCCGAAAAACCUGUAGAAGAGGUCCAGUCAGAAGAAAUCCCCGAUAGAUCAUCUCCAGAUCCCAGUUUAGUGCCAGUGGCAAAGAUUACGCCUUUGCUGAGGGAUCUUCAGACCACCGAUGUUUCUCUGCUGGCCAUCGCCGCCACCUUGGAUGCCAUUGGAGAAAAGCUCAAGGACCAAAAGGCAAGAAAUCAGCAGGUAAUGGACAGACUAUGCGAAAUCGAGAAAAUUCUUGGCCCUCCUAAAUCGAACUAG